AUGGCUACUACUAGUACUACCACUGCAAAGACAGUGCCUGACUCCAUUGUCCAGAACAAAUACUCAAAGGAUAGGAAGGUUGGUGAAGGUACCUAUGCUGUUGUGUAUCUUGGUAACCAGGUCUCCACUAAGAGAAGAAUAGCUAUCAAAGAGAUCAAGACAGGAAUAUUCAAGGAUGGGUUGGAUAUGUCGGCUAUACGAGAGGUUAAAUAUCUUCAAGAACUCAAGCACCCCAAUGUUAUUGAAUUGGUGGAUGUUUUUUCUACCACUAAUAACUUGAACUUGGUUCUAGAAUUUUUACCUUGUGAUUUGGAAGUGCUUAUCAAAGAUACCAGUAUAGUGUUCAAGUCGUCUGACAUCAAGUCGUGGUUGUUAAUGACUUUACGAGGUAUUCACCACUGUCAUAGAAACUUCAUUUUGCAUCGGGAUUUAAAACCCAACAAUUUGCUUCUUGCUCCAGAUGGCCAAUUAAAGAUAGCUGAUUUUGGUUUGGCGCGAUCUUUGGGAAAUCCAAAUGAGGAUCUUUCUUCAAAUGUAGUAACCAGAUGGUAUAGGUCUCCCGAGUUGUUAUUUGGUGCUAGGCAUUAUACCGGAGCUGUAGAUAUCUGGUCCAUAGGGAUAAUCUUUGCAGAGUUAAUGUUGAGAACGCCGUACUUGCCUGGAAAAGAUGAUGUAGACCAGUUGGAUGUGACGUUCAGAGCUUUGGGGACACCAACCGAGCAGAUAUGGCCCAACGUUUCAAGUUUACCCAUGUACAAUGCGUUGAGAGUAUAUCCUCCUCCUUCAAGACAAGAGUUGAGAAACAGAUUCAGUGCUGCUACAGAAAAGGCAUUGGACUUAUUGAUCUCCAUGACACAGUUGGAUCCCAGUAGAAGAUGUGAUCUGACCCAAGCGCUAUUGCAUGAAUUCUUUACUGAGAAUCCCAGACCCACAGAGCCAGAAAACCUUCCUAAGAAGAAAGAGAAAGUAAAAAGUGAAGACGAGUUGGAUGAAUCUAAUAAAAGAAGAAAAAUAUAA